AAUAUUCUUAUUUUUCUUGAACAGUGAUCACCUAGCAAGGUAUAACUUGAGUCUAACUUGGCCAGAGAAAGACAUAAUAGAACAGAAUAUUUUUUAUAUGUGGCGAGUGUUUUGUGUACUGGAUCGUUUACCCUAUACAUGACAGGGACAACGUGAUAGAGUCUGGCCCCGGAUCAUUCACACCUGCAUCCAACUAAAGUGAAAUCAAGAUGCAGGCGCCUAUGAUGGACCCGUAUACCUAUUCAGUUUUUAGUGGAAGAGCCGGACCUGCGAACGGAACUCAUCUUGGUCACUUUCCAGAAACGGUGCCAAUGUUGCACGAACAAACCCCCACGUCUAGUGUGGGUUCCCCAAAUCCCGCCAUGCUUCCGUCCUUUGGAUUUACACAAGAACAAGUAGCGUGUGUCUGUGAAGUUCUCCAGCAAGGAGGUAACAUUGACAGGUUGGCCCGCUUCCUGUGGUCACUUCCUGCUUGUGAACAUCUUCAUAAGAAUGAAAGUGUGCUUAAAGCAAAAGCCGUUGUGGCAUUUCACCGCGGGAAUUUCAAGGAACUCUACAAAAUGUUAGAGAGCAAUAACUUCUCCCCUCACAAUCACCCAAAAUUACAAGCAUUGUGGCUAAAGGCUCAUUACAUUGAGGCGGAAAAACUCAGAGGGCGACCGUUGGGAGCCGUGGGAAAAUACCGUGUCCGCAGGAAGUUCCCUCUCCCAAGAACUAUCUGGGAUGGGGAGGAAACAAGUUAUUGUUUCAAGGAGAAAUCUAGAACUGUUUUGAGGGAGUGGUAUCAACACAACCCGUACCCGUCGCCGAGGGAGAAGAGGGAAUUGGCUGAGGCCACUGGUCUUACGACUACACAGGUCAGCAAUUGGUUCAAAAACAGAAGACAAAGGGACAGGGCCGCAGAACAAAAAGACAGGGACGGUUCACAUGGCGGAUCCGGAAUAGGUCAAGAUAUUGGAUCACCCGGAAGUGAUAAGGAUGACCUCAGUGAAGAUGGCGGGAUGGUUCAAACCAAGAUAGAACCACAAGAAAUUAACACUACGCAAGCGCACUCAUUAUAUACAGAUCUCCAAAAAGCCAUGCCUAGUGGUCCUUAUUCGGGCAUGAUUCCGAACAAUUCAAUGACCCAUUCAGCCGUUACAAACGGCUCAUCUGUUGAACACCAUAACGACCUGCUAGAUAGUUACCAGUCGUUAUGAAAUAGAUUUUUUGACACGUACAUGUAUUAGAAUAUUUGAAGCUAUGAAAACCAAAGAUUUUUACACCAAAAGACAGACGAGGAAUUUUUUGUGAUUUUUGCAAUAAUUUCUCAAGUUUGUGUGAUACUAUCAGUGUAUAUACCCAAGUUAGUAUAUAUAAGUGUAUACCAGACCUUCUCUCGGAGGGUUGUCGCCACGAAGACGACCAUGUUGCAAUGGCCGCCAGCCAUCUUGCCAGUUCUGUCUCAAGGUAUAUGAACACAGUUACCCAGAGGAAAUUUUAUUUCAAUUGGUGCAUGUGUAUGGAAAUUAUUCACGAAACCAGUGUCAACCGAGUUUUUGCGACUCUUUUCUCAACGUAAAUAGUGCUUUUCUUUUGUUGUUCUAAUUUUGUGCCAUGUUUAGAUAAGUAUGUACAUUUACCAUGACAGUUUGUCAACUGAUAGUUUCAUUUUUCGCUUCACCAUGACCUUGGUAGUCAGGGAUAAAUUAUUUUGUAGGAUUCUCCUACGUAUACUGAUUUUAUUAUGUUCUACAACAGGCAAUUAAGUGCAAUUUCUUCAUCUUCAUUAUGUACAUGUAGUUGUGUGGUUCUACCUUCUCAAGUGUACGCGGGAAAAAAAGACGUUCAAAAAAUUCUGCAAUACUUCUUUGUUGUAGUACGUUAUGACUAAUUGCAAACAAGUUUUGCUGUUUUUGACCAUGACCUAAGAUUUGAUAAGAUGUUUUGCAACUUGAAGAUUAUUUAAUGACUAAAGUGGAAAUACAAAUUGUAGUAGAUUUAAUGUAUUAAAUAUCUAACGAAUCAACUAAUGUGUUUACAGGCCGCUAAUUGCAAUAGUUGCUCCAUUGAAUAUAAAUGUUCUGCCAUUUAAAAUGUGAUUAAUAAAUUAAACAAAAUGAAAGAUAA